AUGAACCUAUUCAUCACUCUCUGUCUCUAUCCCACUUUGUUCAUAUCUAUCUAUCUAUCUAUCUAUCUAUCUAUCUAUCUAUCUAUCUAUCUAUCUAUCUAUCUAUGUUCAUUAUCGAUUUAUCUCAGUCUUCAUUAUCUAUCUAUCUAUCUAUCUAUCUAUCUAUCUAUCUAUCUCUGUUCAUUAUCGAUUUAUCUCAGUCUUCAUUAUCUAUCUAUCUAUCUAUCUAUCUAUCUAUCUAUCUAUCUAUCUUUGUUCAUUAUCGAUUUAUCUCAGUCUUCAUUAUCUAUCUAUCUAUCUAUCUAUCUAUCUCAGUUUACUUCUGUCUGUCUAUCUAUCUCACUCUGUUCAUAUCUAUCUAUCUAUCUAUCUAUCUAUCUAUCUUUGUUCAUUAUCGAUUUAUCUAAGUCUUUUCAUUAUCUAUCUAUCUAUCUAUCUAUUUAUCUAUCUAUCUCAUAUUAUCUAUCUAUCUAUCUAUCUAUCUAUCUAUCUAUCUAUCUAUCUAUCUCUCUCUCUCUCUCUAUAUAUAUAUAUAUAUAUAUAUAUAUAUAUAUAUAUAUGUCUAUCUAUCUAUCUAUCUAUCUAUCUAUCUAUCUAUCUAUCUAUCUAUCUAUCUAUCUAUCUCUCUCUCUCUCUCUCUCUCUCUAUAUAUAUAUAUAUAUAUAUAUAUAUAUAUAUAUAUAUAUAUAUAUAGACAAAUCGAUUGGAUGCACAUACACCACUUUAUCUAUACAUUUACUUACUAGCGUAUCUCUUCUUCAAGCUCUAUCAACGACAGUCUGGUCGUUCUGCUUGUCAUUGUCCUCAGAGUUAUUUUCCGCACACUUUCUCACGACCCAGCAUUUGCGAUCUGUUUCUAAUUUUUUUAACAGAUCCAGCAACAUAUUACUCCCCAAAUACGUGGCACGCCAACCCGUCCUUUUUCUGAUAAGUUGA